AUGCUGCUAAAGAAAGCAGUGUGCGGACGACCUGCGUACUCAGGCCGUGUUGUGGGUGGCCAGGAUGCUGUUGCAGGGCACUGGCCUUGGCAAGUCAGCUUGCACUUGGGCAAGAACCAUGUCUGUGGAGGGUCUCUCAUCAGUGACAGGUGGAUAUUGACAGCAGCACACUGCUUACGAGAGAGCUGGAUUCCUUUGUUCUAUACUGUACAGCUGGGAUCAAUUCAUACAGACCAACCACGUCAAAGUGUGACGCAUCGUGUGUUCAAAAUUAUCAUCCAUCCCCAAACUGAAAAUAGAAGUGCAGACAUCGCCUUGUUGAAACUGGUCUCUAGAGUCACCUUUACUCCUUUCAUCCUGCCCAUCUGCUUGCCCAGUGUCACAAAGAAGUUGAAAAUUCCAGCCUCUUGCUGGGUGACUGGAUGGGGAAAGGUUAAGGAACGUGAAGGUAGUGACUACCCCUCCAUCCUCCAGGAAGCAGAAAUACCCACCUUUGACCGCCAGGCCUGUGAACAACUCUACAACCCAAUCGGUUCCGAACUGCCAGAAUUAGAGCCAGUCAUCCAAGAGGACGAGAUAUGUGCUGGUGAUACAGCUCAAAUGAAGGAUACUUGCCAGAGGCUAUCAAAUGGCAACCUCCUCUUCCCCAGUCAGGUCAAGUUGGCAGCGCUGAACUUGUUGCUCGCUUUGACGCCCUACAGCCCAUCUGUCACUGGCCCCGCUCGUCACUCCUCCCUCAGGGGCCUGGGGCUUUUCAGCAGCAGCAGCAGCGGCUGUAAGUAA